AAAAUAAACGGGCUACUCUGCUGCUGCAGAGAAAAGACGGGAAGCAUAGGAUAUUAGAAAAUUGGCAUCAAUGGCCUUUGGCUUUUUGUGCCUUUGUCCAACCCCUUGUGAGAACGGAUGUAGAAAACAGUGGACACUUGGAUAGCAACAACUUCUUAUAAAAGAGCUACCUAAACCACUCAAAACCCCCCCUCCCUCUCCCUCUCCCUCUCCCUUAGAAAGAAAAGAAAAGAAAACUUUGCUUAGUCCACUCCACAAGUCAAGUGAAGAAAAUCAUGGACAACCAAAGAGGUUCUGUUCUUAGCUGGGCUUACUACUGCCAGGGAAAGACAAUGGAUGAACUGAGGAAUUCCCUUUUGUACACAACUUUGGAGCUGGAGCAAACAAGGGUAGCAGUUCAAGAAGAGCUAAGAAAGAAAGAUGACCAGUUGUUCCAUCUCAAGGAUCUACUGAUCAAAGCCAUCAGAGAAAGAGACGAGGCACAAGAGAAAUGUCAAAGACUUGUCACUGAGAAAGUCCUGCUCCAACAGCAGCCACAACAUCACCAAAAUGCUCCUCUCUCUGGGAUUUCCAGCAUUGAAGAUGAACCGAGAAGAGGAAUUGACUCCAGCAAUGGCUUCUCAUCAUCAGACUGUGAAGAGAGCAUUGUUUCAUCUCCAGUUAUUGACCCAACUCCACAACCAUCCCAAUUGCCCCCACCUGCAGCACCACAAACUAUCCCCCAAGCAGCAAUUGAGUUAGUUCCUGAAAAGCCAUUACCUGAAAAGGGAAAGCUUUUACAGGCAGUAAUGAAAGCUGGUCCCCUCUUACAGACUCUCCUUCUAGCUGGACCACUUCCUCAAUGGAGACACCCACCACCACCACUCGAGUCCUUUGAGAUCCCACCUGUUACCAUACCUUCACCACCACCCCCACCCGCACCUCAGCUCAUCCACCAAGACUCAUUUAUCAACAUUAAUGGUUGCAAUAGAAAAAGGGUUCGCUGUGAUGGCUCUGAUUCUUCUACAAAGACCAAGUAUCAGAACAUAGUCCUCCACUGACAACCCACGCAACCCACUAAGUUAUGAUUUCACAAUUUUUAUAUAUUUAUAUCAUUUAAUAUAUCACUAAGAGAAUUAGUCAGGAAUGGAAGAAAAUUAGUGAGGAAUGGAAUUGCAAGAUGGUGUGAACCUGAUCUAGCAUUUUUGUACAGAAGUUUGUUUAGAGAAGCUAUUCUAAGUUGACUGAAGUGAAGACAAAACAGAAGAGUUAAGUAGAUGAUGGCCUUGUUCUUGGCUUGUUUUGGCCAAUGUUUUUUGGGCGGAGAUUUUUGUCUCUUUUUCUAUCUUCUUCACAUUUCAGUUUUUGUUCCAUGAUGUGAAAGGGGGUUUGAUGAUUUCACUUUCCUGUUGCAAGUAACUAUAACUUGGAUAUCUUUAUGCCUAGCUAGUCAAGUAAAACUGUAAAAGUGUGUGCAAGUUUGAGGAAGAAGUGUGUGGAUUUGAGAGGGAGAGGCCUCUCAAAUCCA